AGUUGCAAUAUUAUGAUAAUGUGAACAGUAGAUAUCAUAGAUUUUCUGUCUCCUCCCGCCUUUUUUUCCCGCGCGAAUCGACCAUAUGCAACGAUCGUGCCACCCCACCACGCAGUCGCAAUUUAUUGAAAUCUCAGGUUGGGCAAUCCGUCUCGCGUCAAUCGCACAGACGCUGGUAAUUUAAUAGUGGAAUGUAUCAAGAAAAACGGACAAGCUUUCGAAUUCGACAAAAUCAAAAUAUAAAUAAGCUGACAUCAAUUUGUACUCCGCUCGGGGUCUCAAUUUCAUAAAGACCUCUUGACCGAUCGUCGCUCUGCUGGUAAUCCCGGUGAAACCACAAUCACGAUUGUAGAACGGGAAACGUACAAUCCAGCUCGUUUUACCGCGAAUAAGAUAUUCAGAGGUAUCCAGUUCAGAUUGCAUGUGGAAAAAUAGCAGCGGCCAUAUUGAUGUUACUGUCACCAAAAAUAUGCAGGAGUUACUGGAACAUGUCAAGAAAGAUGAUGUAGUAAAAUUGGUCAGCACAACAAGCCAUGACACGACACCGUUAGUUAUAGCCUGUCGAAAUGGACAUUACGACGUAGCUGAAUAUCUCAUUGAAAAAUGUGGAGCAAAUGUCAAUCAACCUGCCUCUGUGAUGUUCAAUGGCGAAGUGAUCGAACGUGCACCACCUUUAUGGUGUGCAGCAGCUGCUGGUCAUUUGGCUUUGGUUAAGUUGUUAGUGAAAAAUGGCGCCCAUGUGAAUGCAACCACUAAAACAGAUUCUACGCCCUUACGAGCAGCUUGUUUCGAUGGCCAGUUGGAUAUUGUUAGAUUUCUAGUAGCUCACGGUGCAGACAUUGAAAUAGCAAAUCAUCAUGGUCAUACGAAUUUGAUGAUAGCCUGUUACAAAGGUCACAUUAAAAUUGUUAACUUCCUACUUGCCCUGAAAGCAGACGUUAACCGAAAAUCCAUAAAGGGAAAUACAGCUCUUCACGAUUGCGCUGAAGGUGGAUUUCUAGAAGUCGUUAAGGUUCUCAUCAAACAUGGUGCUAAAAUGAACGUAGAUUCCUAUGGGGUGUCACCACUUCUUACGGCAGCAGCAACAGGACAUAAACAUAUCGUUGACUAUUUUAUUAGUAUAUCGAAUUUAGUGAGUCGGCAAGAAUACAUAAACGCAUUAGAAUUAUUGGGCGCCACAUACGUGGACAAAUAUAGAGAUAUGAUAGGUGCGCUUGAAUAUUGGAAACAAGCAAUGGAUAAGAGAUAUCGAUGCAAACCAGUGAUACCGAAACCACUACCACUACCUGUUGUAGUUGAUUAUGAGUUUGCGUGGGAAAUUACCGACUCUGAUGAAUUGGAUGGAUUAUUAAGUGACUUGGAUGCAAUGCGAAUGCAAGCACUAGUAAUUAGAGGGCGAAUAUUAGGACCGACUCACCCUGAUACUAGUAGUUAUAUUCGCUUCAGAGGGGUAGCAUAUGCGAAUAGUGGAUUGUUCAGCCGUUGUAUAGAACUUUGGAAUUAUGCUUUAGAUAUAAAACAGAGUAUGUUAGGACCACUUGAUCCAAUGAUUGAAAGUUUACUUUUUAGUUUUAACGAACUCUUUAGCUAUAUGAUAUGUAAACAAUCAAAGGGUCAAACAGUAUUGUCGGCUCAGAGGGAAGAAUUCCUUAGGGUGUUUAAGAAAGCUGUAUUCGAAGCGAAACGAGGUAGAGAAUUGUUAGACAAAGGAUCAGCUCGUGAACAUGACAUAACGUGCUUCAAUAAGAUUCUUGUAACUACUUUGCAUCUAGCAAGUUUAUUGACUCUUGAAAUGCCAGAAGAAGAUACUGCACAACAUACUGCAUUGCAUAAAACACUUUAUGAAUUAGUUCAAAUAAAAGACAAUAAUGAUCGGAACGUGUUGCACUUAGCUUUUAGCGAAAGGAACACUGUACUUAAAAUUGGCCCAAAAUGUUUGAGUUGUAAGUUUCCUUCUUCAAACUUAAUAAAGGCUCUCUUAAGAGUUGGCGCUGAUGUCAGUGCAGUAGACACGGCUGGAAAUACAGUAUUACAUCUUGCUGCUAUGUUCCAUCCAUCACCUGAUCUUAUUACUAUACUUCUUGACGCUGGUGCUCAUAUCGAUACUGUUAAUAAAAUGGAUAGCACAUUUGAAUCAUUAAUGCGAAAUAAACGUCUAUACGGUUCUACAAUUCUACAAGUAUGCAAUCCUGUAAAAUAUGUUACACUCACCUGUUUAGCGGCCAGAGUAGUAAAAAAAGUACAUGAUAUUAAUUCUGUUCCGGCACAACUUCAAGCCUUUGUUGAAAUGCAUUAGUGCAUAAUACGAUAGAAAUUAUAGGCUGUCAUUUAGGAU